GAGCUUCAGGAUUCUUUUUGACAGUCGGAUGAAGAUGAUGCCGGGAAUCCUGAAGGUUUCGCUGCUGCUCUGCCUCUUGGGUAUCAGCCCUGUGCUGGCAGGGGGUGGGGCAACCGCCCUACAGCAACAAAGAGUUAAAAGUUCCUACAACAAACCACAAGCAGCUUCCUUAGAAACACUUGAAACUGUAACCGCCAGUGAAGUGGAAUACGUGGACGGACCCCUCGCUCCUCUGUAUGACUUCUUGAUUCAAAGACGACUUUUCCGAUUCUGUAAGCUCCUCAGAGAUGCUGGAUUGGAAGAUGUGCUACAAAAUUUGGGAGGUUACUGGACAGUAUUCGUGCCCACGGAUGCCUCGUUCAUGUUUCUCCCCGGUGGCACCUUGGACCAGCUUAAGAGGAACCCGCAGCAGCUACGGGACUUUGUCCUCUACCACUUCGUGACAGGGGACUUCCAAUCUUCCCAGAUUCUCAACGAAAUGCUCGUCGACUCUGCGCAAGGGGCACCGCUGAGGUUCAACGUCUACGGAAAUGUCAUAACAGUUUCCGGAGCUCAAAUUAUAGAGCAGGACUUGCAAUUCGAGCUAGGCCGAGUCUAUAUCAUCGAUCAUCCGCUAUAUCCAGUACCGUCAACAGACCUUGUAGCUUAUCUACGGACGUCACACCAACGAUUGUACAGACUCUUGCUAGAUGCUGGACUCGUAGAUUAUCUUUCUAGCGGCACGUUUACCAUUCUGGCACCUGACGACGACGCCUUCGGCUUCCUGAGUGCAGAGUUCACGGACAUCCUCGCCUCGAACAGAACCCUUGCAGAAAGAAUCUUGUUGAAUCAUAUUUUACCUGGCAGCUUAUACACAGGUGGUAUCACCGAUGGCAUGAGAUGGGACACCGCUGGUGGAGAAGUUAUUACCUUCACAACGAAAAGAGGUCUCAUUUUUGCAAAUGGAAUUCCUAUUGUUAUACCCGACAUUCCUUUCACAAAUGGUGUAAUUCAUGUAUUGAACCGUGUAUUACUGCCUGAAGGGGUUGACGCUGAUUGUCAAUGUAAACCGUCUUCAGAUAGCUCCUCUCGUCAACCACAAUCACCAGGAGCUUCCCGUCCUUCCCCUGGUCAACCACAAAGGCCUUUCGUUCAAGGACCAACUACAAGAAGACCCAGUGGACAAUCUUUUUCCAGGCAAACGGUUCCUCCUUUUGGAAGACAACCUCCUAGUUCGGUAACAACUGGGCAGGUCACCCGACCUGGACAACCAGCACAACAACCUCAAGGACAUGGACAACCCACUAGACCUGGACAACCAGCACAGCAGCCUCAGGGACCAUUUACACCUUCUAGAAUAGGUCCAACAGUAAGACCAAUUCCUCAACCAAAUGUUCAAACACAACCUGAAGAUGAUUCAAAUUCCGUCGUAGGCCCAGGAGAUCAACCCACUGGAGGUCAAAGGCAGCCUCAACAAACAACAAGAUAUCCUUCUCCCCCAUCUAGGCAGGUGCCACCCCCUCGAGUGCCUGCUCAGCCUCCAAAGGCACAACAGCCACCAAGGGGACAACAACCUCCAAGAGGACAGCAACCUCCCAGAAAUCAACCGCCAACAUGGGGUCAACAACCUCCGAGGUCUCAGCAACCAUCAUGGGGGCAACAGCCUGCCAGAACACAGCAACCAGCAUGGGGUCAACAACCUCCUAGUGAUCAGCAGCCACAAAUAUCUCCAGGUAAUGUUGAAAAUCCAGAACAAGAAAUCCCUCCUGCAGUCACCAAUCCACCUCAGACAACAUCCAGAUGGGUCAAUCGUCAGCCAACUCAGGCUCCUCGUAGUCCAUACAGAACUCCAGUACCACAAAGACCUCAAACAACAAGAUCUUACCAAAGAGUUACCCCACCUGCUGUUGGUAAAGUUUCCAGACCAGGUACUGAAAUAGCAACAGAAAACCCACAACAGGAAUUCCAAACCCAAAGACCUGUCGUGCAAACAACUUCCUGGCAACAACGACAACAAGUUACACAACCCACAAGAAGACCAACACAACAACGAACGACAAUUCGACCCUCCAGACCUGUUCCACCCCCACAACGUAGACCAACGCAACCAAGACCGGGAAGUUUCCCCACUCCUGCGCCUGUUUUUCCUCAGGAACCUGAUCAGCCACCCUUUGAAUCCAAUCGCGAAAGGCCAAGAUGCCGCCAGAGAGGAGAUAUAUUGACUCCAGGCUCUCAAAAUCUUCCAGUAUGCCCGGAUUCAGUCGAAUCAGAUUCUUGUCAGAGUCCACCAUACAAUCCAUCUGAUCCAAGACCUUUAUGUCCGAUUGUACCAUCAGAUUGCCGAGAUGCUAAUGAACCGUUCAAUCCUUCAGAUACUCGUCCACAGUGUCCUCCAUCACUUCCAGGACAAGGAUGCAGAAUUCAAGGUGAACCAACAUAUGCCGGUGAUAGGCGACCUCUGUGCUCUCCAUCACCAACAAACCAAGUUGGAUGUCGAGAUCCUUCAGCACCUUUCAAUCCGACAGACAAUCGCCCUCUCUGUGAUUCUACAGGAUCUCAAAACCCAGAUAUUCCUUCUCAAGGAGUAGCACAACCUCAAGGUUGCAGACAAUCUAGCGACCCCGUAGAUGGUCGACCAUUGUGUCCUAGUGAAGAAGAUUGCCGCCCAUUUUUGGAACGACCAAAACCUGGUGAUCUUCGUCCUGUUUGCAAAAUAAACCGACAAAAUCCUCAACAAAGGCCACAUGACUCUACAAAAGGUCAACAAAGUCCAGGAAAACUGCCACAAUCACAACAACGUCCCGCAUACCCACAACCUCAAGGUCCUAGAAGUCCUGGUUCUCAAACUACCAGAAGACCCUCAUGGCAACCAACUGUAGCUCCUCAAGGUGUACCGAAUCAAGAUUUAACUCCUGGUCAAUCACCUACAUCUGGAAAUUUAAGACCACAACCCCCUUCUUCCCAACCUCAAGGUGGAAAACUUCCUGGAAGUCCACAAAGUGGUUCUCGUCAACCACCGCGAGGAUCUUGGCAGACAACUGUAGCCCCCCAAGAUAUAACAAACCAAGUUUUCACACCUGGCCAACCACCUGUGCCUGGAAGUUUAAGAACACCGUCUCCUCCUUCUCAACCUCAAGGUGGGAAAAUGCCUGGUAGUCCCCAAAGUGGCUUCCGUCAACCACAGCGAGGCGCUGUUACGCAACCACCAUCUGGUUCAUAUCCAUUCAGGCCAACAAAUGGUCCUUAUCCUGUCCAACCACAAACAGGUAAUAGACCAGUUCAACCACAACCUCCUGCUCCUGGAACAUCUAGGCCAUACCAACCUCCUGCUCAAACCAUAAGACCACAGUCUCAGGGUCAAUACCCACAAGGGGGAAAUACUCAAACCCCUUCUUAUCCAGUAAACCAACCCGGUUCCUCCGAUGUUUCAGUAAAUCAGCCUUUUAUUCCACAAAGAAGACCUGUUAGCCCUACAAGACAGCAAACAGGUUCCGUCACAUCCUAUCCUGGAAGAGGAACCAGUACACCAAUAGUUCCCAUAUCAGUAACAGGAACCGCAACUCCAGGAGAAGAUAGCAGAAGAAGUUUAUAUGAAAUCGUAGAAAAUCCUGCCCUUCUUAUUAGAGGAACUCCAGUGAAAUUAACAAAAAUCUUCGCUUUGUUUCAAAAAGCUGGAAUAGAAGAUGUUCUUUCAGGACCAGGACCAAUCACAGUAUUCCUGCCUUCUGAUGAUGCCUUCGCCACCUUGCCGAAGGGAGUAGUCGAUCAACUGGAGGAAAACCCUGAACUUCUUCGUCAAGUUCUUCUGUAUCAUGUGGCUAACGUUGAAGUCGUGCCAACUGCUCAGGAGCAGAGUUACACUGUCCCAUCCCUCGAAGGAAAUCAGCUCGUCAUCACCAUGCUGAACGGAGGAAGACUCAUUUUGAUCAGUGGAGCCAAAGCCAUAGCUGUCACUCGAGCUAAUAAUGGAAUAUUUUACGUCGUCAACCAACUCUUGUACCCACUUCCCCACGAGAACAUCUUUGGAGCAAUCCAGUCUAGACCAGAUCUAUCGACCCUAGCCAUGCUUUUGCCAUUGAGUGGUCUCGCCGAUAUGCUUCAAGGUCAGACUCCCUACACGUUCCUUGCACCCACCGAUAAUGCCUUUGCCCAACUAUCCCCUGCUGUCUUACAAGAGUUGACUCAAAACACGACAGCUCUGCAAGAGAUCUUGUUGAAUCAUAUUAUCGAAGGCGCACACUACGGCAGAGAAUUCUUGACAGGUGGGACGUUCCCUAGCGUCAGAGGUGGCAAGUUGAGGUUCCAAGUAGUAAGCUAUGGCUACCAGGUGAAUGAAAUCAACAUUAAAACUCCAGAGAUCGUUACUGGAACGGGCGUCAUUCAUUUAAUAGAUCAAAUUUUACUGGAAGAUUCUGAUCUGAGAUUUUUUAACACACUAGAUAACACUGUAAAUGGCCAAGGCGACUCGUUUUCUUUCAAUCAACAACCCCAAACAGGUCAAAUUCAACCCUUUCAACAGCCAGGACAGCCGGGUACCGGAACACAGCCAGGAUCUAGGCAGCCUGUAAUUGGAGGACAACGACUACAGCCUGGUCAACCUCAAAUAACAGGUAUAAUACCUGCAACACAUCAAAAAAUUGGACCAAGAGCUCCAACUGGUCAAAGGACCACUUUAAGACCAACAGGUGGACAAACUCAGGUUCCUGGUCAAGGAUCAUUUGGAGGGCAACGUAAUCCUCAACCUCAGACCCCUAGUCAAGGAUCAUUUGGAGGUCAACGUAAUCCUCAACCUCAGACCCCUGGUCAAGGAUCAUUUGGAGGGCAACGUAAUCCUCAACCUCAGACCCCUGGUCAAACAUCAUUUGGUGGACAACGUAAUCCUCAGACUCAGACUUCUGGUCAAACCUCUUUCGGUGGGAAAAUUACAACCGGAGGACAAUCUACAUUCACAGGACAAAGACAAUCGUCCUUCCAGCCUCAAAAUCUUCCAGGGGGUGUUAUUGUAACCGGUCAGCAGGCUAAUGUUGCAGAUCUCGCCAGAUCAAUGGGAUUAAAUCGUUUCGCAGAUUGGGUGACGAACACUGGACUUUUAGAAAAAAUUCACGACGGUGGGGUGUACACUGUUUUCGCUCCCACCGAUGAAGCCAUCAACUCCCUGCCCCAUGACAUGGUCUACUCCAUCGACAGCAAUCCAGAACAGACUAAGCCCUUACUACAGUACCACGUAAUACCUCGCAGAAUCAACCUGAACUCUUUGACCAACGACGAAACUUCUGGAACCCUUCUACAAGGAAAGACGCUCAGAUUCAACGUCUACUCUAGCGUACAGCCCGACUGUAAACAGUUGGUGACAGCCGCCGGAGCACCCAUCGGAGAUGCCCUAGCAACCAUGGGAUCCAUACAGGUGAUACCAAUCACACAAGUUCUUUACCAGCCGACGGGCAACUUGCUCAACAUCAUCGAAGCCUCGCCCAUCCUCCAGGAGCUCUCCCAGGCCCUCAAGGCCGCAAGGCUCAAUUGGGUCAUCUCAGGAACGGGACCCCUGACCUUCUUCGCUCCCAGUGACACGGCCUUCCAGUCUCUCACUCCCGAACAAAGAAAGAGCCUCAUCGAGGACAAGCAGGCCUUCACAGAUCUAAUUAAAAGGCACCUGGUAAGAGGCACGUACUUCUCCAGUGGCGUGCAGGAAGAUCUUCAAAAGACUAGUGAAAAGAACACGCCGAUGACCCUUUCCUUGCAAGAAGGUAUUCUGACCAUCAAUUCGGUUCCUGUCACCUAUUCCGACAUCACAGCUACCAAUGGGGUUCUUCACGUCAUAGAUCAGUUCUUGUAGACAGUAUCUCGAAGUCAGAGUGGGAAAUGACUUUCUGUGUCCUAUGCCAAAUGCGUUUUUCGUGUGGAUUGAUGCCAUUUCUUUGUAUUGUUUUCGUACAUUAUUUUUUGUAUAAAUAAAAGUGAAAAAGCCA